CGCUCGAACCUUCACGUGUGUUCGGCGUUUUGAGCAUCUUCACAACUCGUUCAAAUCAAUCAGACAAUUUCUCAAUUUGUGAUUACAAACUCGCUACAAAAAGGGAUAUAACAGAGAGGCGACUCUCUGUUAUAGCCUAUAUUCAAAGAUCAAGUUGUUUUGUACAGGAUUAGUUCUAGGGAAAGUAGUGAAAAUAUGGACCAAGCCGCAAAGACAGAUGCUUCUUUCACAACGAAUGGCGAUCGAAGUGGAAUUCAAACUGCCGCCAAAAUAUCGAAAACCGGAGAUGGACACAGUCAAAGCGCUCCUACCUCUACGACUAUUACAAGCUCAGCGACAUCUAUCAAGAAACCCAAUUACCAACUAAAAUACACAUUAACUGGCCACAACAAGGCAGUGUCUUCUGUCAAGUUUAGUCAUAAUGGCGAGUGGCUAGCCAGCUCAUCGGCAGACAAGGUUAUUAAGAUCUGGGGAGCCUAUGAUGGGAAGUUUGAAAAAACCAUAACAGGACACAAACUUGGAAUAUCAGAUGUUGCCUGGUCAACAGAUUCCAGGCACCUGGUAUCAGCAUCUGAUGACAAGACUCUCAAGAUCUGGGACUUUGCCACUGGAAAGUGCCUUAAAACAUUAAAAGGACACAGUAAUUAUGUGUUUUGCUGUAACUUCAACCCACAGUCAAAUUUGAUUGUUAGUGGCUCAUUUGAUGAAAGUGUUCGCAUAUGGGACGUCAAAACAGGAAAAUGCCUGAAGACACUACCAGCUCAUUCAGAUCCUGUCACAGCUGUCCACUUUAACAGAGAUGGGGCGCUAAUUGUUUCAAGUAGCUAUGAUGGCUUGUGUCGUAUAUGGGAUACAGCCUCUGGACAAUGCCUAAAGACACUCAUAGAUGACGACAACCCUCCUGUGUCAUUUGUGAAAUUUUCACCGAACGGCAAAUACAUCCUUGCGGCCACACUUGACAACACAUUAAAACUUUGGGAUUACAGCAAAGGAAAAUGUUUGAAGACAUACACUGGUCAUAAAAAUGAGAAAUACUGUGUGUUUGCCAACUUUUCUGUAACAGGAGGAAAGUGGAUCGUAUCAGGCUCAGAAGACCACAAGGUUUAUAUAUGGAAUCUGCAGUCAAAAGAGGUCGUGCAGAAAUUAGACGGACAUUCAGAUGUUGUCCUUUGCUGCGCUUGUCACCCCACAGAAAACAUCAUUGCCUCUGGAGCGCUAGAGAACGACAAAACGAUCAAGAUCUGGAAGUCUGACACAUAAUGAAACCUUGCUCGCCUAGUAUGUAAAUAACGCAAACCCUCUUACGGACCACUGCCUCCAGCAUUUGUAUAUAUACUACACGCGGAUGGCCCUCUGUAAUCUGGACACUCCGAGGGCAAGCUGAGAUGUGUGAAAACUGAAUUUCGUUAAACUACCUUAGUUGAGUAAAAAAGAGCAAAGUUCACUAAAUGUGAGACAUGUAAAACUCGCUAUUGUACACUAAGGUUUACCAUAGACAGACAACCUGGGAGGAUUCUUAUAAACUUUUAACAUGCA